UCAACUGAACAAUCACACCACUAGUCGGAGAAAGGCAUACACGCGAUAAAGGAGAAUGAAAAGGCUCGAUGACGUGCUGAUACGUGGCUGAUAAGAAAAACAAAAAGCCACUUGAAAAAAAAAAACAACCCCACACAGAUGAGGUUUAGUCGAAGCCAGAAGCUGCAUCUGGUCUCUUUUCUCUCCAAACGUCAAGAAGAUGUUUCCAACGAUGCUGAAGAUAUUUCCAGUUCUAGCCGCCCUUGCAGGUCAUGUCUGCGCAGUUGUGGUGACUGUUCCUGAGAAGACAGUGAACGUCAAGACCGGAGGGAACGCAACCCUUCUCUGCACAUACACGAGUUCUCAGCCGCUGGGAAACUUCUUCAUCCAGUGGAGCUUUUACAGCGCCAAAGAGAGCCAACUGCACACCAUCUACUAUUAUUCAGAAGGACAGUCUUAUUCCUAUGGAGAGUUUAAGAACAGGAUCACAGCUGCAACAAGCCCAGGGAAUGCAUCAAUAACGAUCUCCAACAUGCAGCCCUCAGACACUGGUUCCUACACCUGCGAAGUCUUCAGCCCCCAGGAUGGUGCUGGACAGAGUCAAAAAUCAGUGAUUGUCAGUGUGCUGGUCAAACCCUCAAAGCCUUUCUGCAAAAUAGAAGGAACACCUGAAAAAGGCCAUCUGAUCUACCUCUUAUGCAAGUGUGACCAAGGAUUGCCUCUCCCCACCUACCGCUGGUACAAAGUAGAUGAGAAUACCCUCACGCCGGUGACUGAACACUUCAAUCCAGACACGGGCAUUCUGUACAUUGGCAAUCUCACUACCUUUGAAACAGGACAUUACCGAUGCAUAGCCAGCAACAUCAUGGGGAACAGUACUUGUGAGCUCGACCUAACUUCAAUGCAUUCUGAUGGUAAUAUUGUUGCCGGCGCAUUAAUUGGAGCAAUUCUGGCAGCUGUUAUCAUCUGUGCUAUCGUCUGGGUCUUAACCAAGAAGGCAAGGAAAAAGAAGUCAUCAAGUAAUGAAAUGCAAGUAAUGGCUCAGAAACAAUCCAAUGCAGAGUACGCUCAGGUACCUAAUGAAGAAAACACACCUGCAACCACAGUUCUACCAAGCAAUGCGACAAAUGAACAACCUAGUGCUGAUGGAGCAGCGGUGUCUGAAACACCAGAAAAUGAUGAGAAGAAUGAAGUGCAAAAGGAAGAAACAGCUUGAAGUUCAUUUUAAUACAGUUUUUCUCUUUGGCUUUGGAUCACGUUAUAAAAAAGCAACAACAAAAAACGUCACUGAAUUAACAUACCAUCGUAGCUAAACUCAUCUGUAUUGUGAACCACCGGACUGGAGAUUGAAAAGGAUGGUAGACGUACCUUGCAAAUAGCAGAUUUGGCCUUUAAGGUUAACCAAAUUAAACUUAUUACCUACUUGAACAUGCAUGUAAGUAAAAAAAAGACGACCAUCUGCAAUCAUCCAAUCUAGUUUGCAAAGAUAAUCAGGAAACGGUCACAACCUUUGGAGAAAGUAAGAACUUCCCAGUCAACUCAAAAGAAAGCUGUGUGUGUCCAUACAGUUCUGAGCCACAGCAGCCGUCUCCACACAGCAUUUCCUGUGCACUGAAAUCCACCAUCACAGCCAUUACAUUGCUGCAUUUAAAAGAUCUGGUUUUGUACUUCAGAAGUCAAAUCAAGCUUCAUCGGAGUGCAAAAACAGAUUUAAAGACUUGGACCAAUGAAAUGUUGUAAGUCUGAAUUUCACCUGAAGUUACAAAGGAAAGAAAAAAGUCAGGGAAACUUUUAGUGUGUUACCAAAUGUGGGGUACAACUCUGUUAGCAAUGACCUUCUGACUUCAAAGUUCCCAAGACAUCAGUGUUCCUGAGUUGUGUGUUUCAGCGGUUCUGGUUUUCAGCCUAAUGGAGUUACCAGUUGGGUUCCCACUUCAGACGUCAGCUGACUGUUUGCUAGACAAUGGGAGCUGUACACUCAAAUCCUUUAUCAAAUUCAGGCACACAGAGUAGCAGAUUCAUCAUGAUAAGCAGAUGUAUCAGCUUUCAAACCUCAGAAAUGAAUCCUGCCAGCUAUGAACACAUCAGCUUCCUUUGCCUGAGAUGAUUUAACAAAGUCAUGCUACUCUUCUGAUCUCUUUAGUCCAGUAUAACUUAGUCCAUUUCUGUAGGUAAAACCUUCAGGAGGAACAAAAUAGUGCAUCCAUGAGGACAGACAACAGCUGAGUAGUGAGCUCUCUCUUGGAAAAGGCAAUUGAUCUGUAAACACUGACCACGAGACACUUGUCCAGUGAAGCCGACAACCUCCUCUCUUUGGGCCCACAUUCUAACGAUGACCAACCCUGUUCAGUUCUUCAAAAGGGCAAAACAACCUGCUUUCAUAAGACAAAGGGAUUCUGGUUCAGGACUGUCCAAGGAACAGACAUUCAGACUCAGCAGCUCCCUUAUGUUCUACAUGAGGCAGAUACUCCUUGAAAUAAGGAGACGCUGUUUUUAGCCUCGUGCACUGCAGAGAAAUGUGCCUGACUGAGGGAUCUGCUGUGUUUGGGCAUUUAAGUUUCGUCUAGUAUCUACUAUUCAUAAAUCCUUUGGUGACUGUUCCUAGCCUGUAACUAUUAGUUAUAUACCUCAUUCAUCUUUAAAAUAGAUGAUAUAAAGAUACAGCUACGCUAAAAUUACCUUCACCAACAUGUAAGGCGUGAUGUCUUAACGAGGACUCAGGUUGAAUCAUGAAAUGUAACUGUAUUCAUUGUUGUUUCUACAGUUUUGCAGCUUUCAAGAGAUUUGCUACAUGUGUUCCAGCCUUUAGCCUCAUUUUAGAGGAGGAAAGCAUUUACAACGUUCUGGUAACAUUGUUUUAGCUGAGAACUGCUCCUGACAGAACAAACAUCGCUCUUACUCACACCAACGCUGCCUCAUUCUAUAAGCAGAUUUAUAUCCUUUCUCUCCAAAACACCCAGCUUAAGUCACAACCUGUAUAUAUGCUUCUUCUUAAUCAGGCACUUCUUGUAUUAAAUCUCAGAUCUUACUAAGCAAAAUCUGCAAAUUGUAACCAUUCAAUUGAGCUUUAGAGGCCUAGCGAGUAUUUUUAGAUUCACACCUGAAUAGCUUAGAGGCACACAGCAACCUGUUACUAAGCAUGAUCAGCAAGAGUGCCAUUUGGGUGCUAUUUCUUACCAAUGAUGUUGCUUAACUUGGCUGACACGGGCAUUAAUUUUAAACAGCUUCUUCUCAGAUGCUCAUAGGCCUUUUUCUACUCUUGCCUUUCAUGGAUGAAUAUACACAACUCUCUUCAUGACACGGCUGUAGUUGUGUUAGUUCUAAAGUAAUCUCCUGUAUUGUGUCAAUUAUCAUUUCCUUACUGUAACAUCUGUGCCAACUUCAGGUCUCCACGAUACCAAUGUGGUUGUAUGGGGGCAAGGGGGGAAAUAUAUUAUGUGGUCAUUACCAUCAGUUUUCCUCAUCUCAUCUCCACACAUUUCUCUGCACAUAUUCCUCAUAUAACUCACCAGAGCACACCAGGAGCUUAUUCUGAUGACUUUCUAUACAAAGAUCAAGGACCAAUACAGAACUGUAUCUUCAGCUUUUCUCAAUUCAAGUUUUCAGCAGCAUCUGCAUAAUACAUAAGAAACUACAUUUACUCAGUCAAGUUUCUGCUUCCAACAAGGCCUGAAGAACCAGAGGUUACUGUAAAGGCAAGCUUCUGCCACUGCUCUGUUUGUAUCCUCAGUGAAAUUUAACCUGCAUUUUUCUUUCUAGGAUAGAGUAAGUAAUCGGUAAAGAUAUCUGUUAAGUUUUAAGUUCCUGUCUUGCUCAUCAAAAUGAAGUGUAUUAACUUAAUUCCUACCAGUUAGACCAUAGAAACUGUCAUCUUCUGCUUCGGUACUUCCUUGCAGCUGAAAAAAAACCCCAUUCUAUCUCCAUACCAUUUAAGAGAUGGCAGGCUUUCAGCUGACUUGCUCAUUUUGUCCCAUGCACAAAAGCUAUUGCAGAAAAUAUGGGUUUUGUUACACGUAAGUUUAAUAAAGUUUUAUAACAUUAAAGAUUGCUGUUUAAGACACUGUCUUUAUUUCACAGAACUUCAUCAGCUUGAUUUGUUCAGGAAGAACUCACCCACCAGUGCUACAACAGAUCAUACCAACGUCAGAACAGGAUGCUGAAGCCCAGCUCUUUUCUCUCAUUCCAGCCACUCUACCCCAAGCCUGUAGCAUUGCAUGGGAUUGUUGUGGCCAAUGUGCAGGACACAGCACUUGGUCUUGUUAAAGCUCAUACAAUUGGCCUCAGCCCAGUGAUCAGCCUGUUCAGAUCCCAUUGUAGUCUUCCUAGUCUCAGGCAGAUCCACAAUUCCUCCCAACUUGGUGUCAUUCACAAACUUACUGGAGGUGCACUCAAUCCCCUUGUUCAGACCAUCAAUUAUACAGGGCCAGCCCCAGUACUGACCUUGGGAAACACCACUCACGACCAGUUGCCAGCUGGAUUUAACUCUGUUCAUCACCGCCCUCUGGGCCCAGCUGUCCAGCCAGUUUUUUUCAUCAUGCAGUAAGAAUUCUCACCUCCAUUGCUAAACGCUGAAAUACUGAAGCUAAUUCCAAUCACACGAAAAAACAAAACACAAAAGAAGAAAAUCCCAACCUCCCCCACAAUCAGUUCAAUCAGGGAUUAUCCACACACAGUUAAGGGACAAAUGAGCUACUGACAAGUACGUGGAAGUU